AGCCUAAAUUGCAAACGAAGCAAAAGAACGGUGCAAACAAGGCUUCGCAAAAAGCUUUGCAAGUUUUAAUUAGAAAGAUCAAGGAAGGCAAAGAUUAUGAAACCAAAAUUAUUUAUUUAGAAGAAAAACUUAAUAAAACAAAAGAACAAUUAGAACAAUUAAAUUCACAUCGAUUGUAA